AUGUUUCUUUCGGUUGUCAUAUUUCUAUUCUUCUCCUUUGGCCACGCGCAAUAUUCUUAUCAACAAGGGCGAUAUGCGUAUAAUAAUUUUAACCCAUGGUCAACCUAUUCAACAUGGAAUCAAGGAGCUCGACAAACACAAGCAACUGUUCGUGGAAAUCUCCUCAAUGAAGAUACAUCUCCAUUACCAUACGGUUCGCAAAUCAGUGUUUCACUUGUCGAUGUUUCUCUUCAAGAUGUUGCAUCUCGUCCACUGAAUACAAUGGUCCUCUACGGAUCUUAUCGUUUUCCAAUCGCUUUCGAAAUUCCAUAUUCAAUGAUGCAAGUUCAACAGAACGGAAAUACCAUUGGACAGUACGCGAUUCAAGCACGUAUUGAAAAAGAUGGUCAGUUACUUUACAUCAACGAUCAGUACACACCAGUACAGUUAAUUCCGGCGCCGAUCAAUCCUGUGAAUGUAAUGAUGAAAAAAAUCGGAAUCACGACAAAUCCUGGAGCGGGCGGAAUUUACACAACCGGAUCGCCGAUCACAAACAACAUAUACAAUUGUCAACAGAUUCCCGAUGUUGGACCGUGUCGAGCCUUCAUUGAACAGUACUAUUUCAAUUCACAAUUAGGUAGUUGCCAAGUUUUUAUCUGGGGCGGAUGCGGUGGCAAUCAAAAUCGAUUCGAAACUCGUUAUGAUUGUGAACGUGCUUGUUCAUCCUAUCAACGACCACGCAUAACUCAAACAGUUGAAUUUCCGAUAACGUGCAUCAAUAAUCCACAGAGUGAAUUCAUAUCGUAG